AUGGUUAUCGUCGAGUGUACUUUAAAACAAAUGGACGAGCAAAGCACGUCAGCUUCAGAUACAAAAACUGCGGAAAUACAAAAUGGUGAACAUACAGAACAACUGGAGGCCCGGCACAAUGGGCACCAGAAGAUACUGCAACGGUUAGCAACGGUGCCUGAUAUCAAAAGGGAUACUUCGGGACUCACAACACAGUACAUUGCUACGGGGAUAGUAAAUCUUGGCGCGUUUGCUGGCGGCGUUUGCGUGGCAUGGUCAUCAACAGCCCUGCCACUGAUAACAGCAAGACCUAUGGAGCCGUCGCCGACGCGGGACGUAAUUGCCGUGGCGAACUCUACACCAAGCUCGCUUGGUACUCCAUACGAUAAACUUCAGCUUACACCAUAUGAAGCAUCAUGGGCUGCCUCUUUACUUUGUCUUGGGGCCGUAUUUGGUGCAGUGCCUUCUGGCCUUAUUUCGGAGUACUUUGGUAGAAAGAAAACUUUAUUGUACCUGGCUUUACCACUACUAGUUUCUUGGAUUCUAGUUGCCUCUAGUCCAAACGUCUACGGACUGUAUGUGGGUCGUUUUGUCGGAGGAGUGGCAUUAGGAGCAUUCAGUGUCAGUAUACCACCCUACAUUGAAGACAUUGCCGAGAAGCAAAUUCUACGCGCCAUGGCUAACUUUUACCAUGUCCAUUUCAGUUGCGGUAUACUAUUUGGAUAUAUCAUAGGUUUGGUAGAAAGUACAUCAUGGCUGGCAGUACUCUGUGCCAGCGUCCCAAUCGCAUUUUUCGUUGCGUUUAUUUUUCUUCCUGAAUCACCAGCAUAUUUGCUUUCUCAAGGCAAGUUUCAUGAAGCAAAAGCAGCAUUAAGAUAUUUCAGAGGCAUUGAUAAUGACAUAGAUUCGGAAAUAAAGGAUUUGAGGGAGUACUUAAGAAGUUCCGUAAAAAACAGAGUAACCUUUAAGCAACUAUUCAGUACGAAAUCAACGUUUAAAGCACUCAUUGUUUCUUUUGGACUUAUGAUAUUUCAACAGUUGGCUGGAAUUUACCCUAUACUAUUCUACGCUAAAGACAUUUUUGAAACUUUUGCCAUUUCAUUAAACCCUCAAGGAGCAGUUAUAAUGUUGGGAUUCUGUUUGGUGUCAUCAACAUACUUUUCUACAACGCUUUUGAAGGUGGUAAGAAGACGUAUACUUCUAAUGGUAUCAUUUAUGGCAAUGGCAGUUAAUUUAGGAUGCCUAGCAAUUUAUUAUCACUUGAAAGUAUCAAACAUGUCUUUGAAUCAUACAUGGGUUCCACUUUUUACUCUAUGUCUUUUUGUUAGUUUUUACGCUGCUGGUGUUGGACCUAUACCAUGGUUGAUGCUUAGAGAAAUAUUCCCUCCUAACGUAACAAGAAGAGCAACUGCUAUAACAGCAGGUUUUCACUGGUUUUUAGCCUUUGGUGCGACGAAAUUAUACCUAAAUAUGAGGGAAAUGGUAAAACCUGGAUGGACAUUAUGGAAUUUCGCUGUGGCUUGUCUCGUUGGCACUAUAUUUGUCUACUUUUUUGUACCUGAAACUAAAGGAAGAACGCUUAUAGAAAUCCAAAAUGAGUUUGAGGGAAUCCAUAAGAAGAAAAAGCAUAGACAUGUUGUAGAAGUGGAAAGCAUGUCAGAAUCUUAG